AUGUACCUCCCGCUUCACCCUUUCACUUCCUCUCCCCACGCCCACAACACUGUUAGGGGCACCAUGGAGAAUGUCAAUGUUCCCGAAUUGGUGGAGCGCCUUGGGAGCGAUGAGGAUGCCGUGCGCAAAAUGGCUGUCUUUAAGCUCCAGGGCAAUAUCGGGGACCCUUCCUUCGCCGACCUCUUUAUCAUUGAGGGUGGGUUGACUCGACUUCGCUACCUGACUCUACAUGCCAGUGGUAAUACAUUGGCAUAUAGUCUUACCAGCUUUGCAAGGCUACUGGAGGUUGAUAAAGGGUGGGAGUGUGUUGAUCAGGAAUUGGUUGAACGGAUUGUCGAAUUGAUUGUCACUCAUCCCCUGGUCAAUAUUCUCCGAGGCGCCAUGUCAAUCCUCGUAUCUAUCGUCUCCCAUCCACACGCCGGAGGCAACCCAGCACAGGCGGAUGUUUUUGGCUUCCGCGCCCUAAAACCGGCGAUCGCAAUCUAUCCCCAGUUCCUGGAGAUGCUGGUCAGUCGGCUGUCUUCGGCGGAUCAUGCUUUAUGCGCCAAUGCACUUCAAUUGAUCAACUCUCUCAUGCGCGACUCUAUUACCUACGACUCGGAGGCAGAAUGGCCGAAAUUCAUCCAGAAACUGCAGGACCUCGGCGUUAUUCGAGCUGUCUAUGUGCUCAUGCAAGACUCGGCCCUUCAGGAUCUUGCACCCCCGCUCGUCGAGUUCCAAUCCCUCACAAAGGUACUUCUCCGGAAAUGGAGAGACAUUCCCCUGCAACAGGAGAAGCCCGAGCACCGUCGCGCAUUGAAGGGAAUCUACCUCGCCAGCAACCCUACAAAGGGAUCGGAAGAAACGACGGAAAAUGGUGACGUUAGCCGCUCGAAAAGACACCAUCCAGAAAAAUGGCGACUGCUAGGAUUCGAGUCCGAAAGCCCUGCAACGGAGUUCUACGAGGUGGGCUUCCUGGGCAUGAUGGACCUGGCGGAUUAUGUUCGCAGCCACCAGGGUGAGUUUCAGAAAAUGCUCCUUGAGCAGUCCACAAAACCGUCGCGUCAACGAUGUCCGAUCGCGCGGGCGUCUCUCGCGGUAACAUCCAUUCUGUACGAACAUUUUGAGGUAGACAAAUCGGAGAUGGACGAUUCCAAGAACUAUAUGCUCAUGGAAUCACGGUCCAGCUUGGAUAAGCUAUUUAAGCCCCUACUUCUUCAUUGGACUCGAUUACAUGUCGCAGGGCUACAGGCCUUUUUCCGAAUGUGGAAGGCAACAGCAGCGGAGACAGAGGAUCUCGAUAAGUUGGUGGAGCUGGUUCGCAUUCUCAUGGAAUCUGUGGUUGGCGGGGCUGGCCGCACCAAAGAUGUCCAAGAUGUCGAAGAGGAGCUGGCUAAUUUCGAAUAUCAUCGGUUGCGGGAACUGCAGAUGGAGCUCCUGGAACUCACCUACGAAGAUGCAUGGGGUCAGCACUUGCGACAGGUGCGCGAAGAACUUCACCACGAAGCUCUCCAAUUUGUCAAAGAACAGCGCAUCCGUUGUUUGUUGCAAGGGGCCUGGUUUUCACUCGAUUUUAAUUCCAAGCUCGAGUCAACGAGCCGGUCUACAGCCUCACAUCAAUAUGUUCAACUAUCGCAUAACCGUCGGUAUCUACAUUUCGGAGAGUUCAAUUCGAUUGGGGAUCGAACUCCCGAGUUAGAUGCUCUACCUGAAAAGAUCGAUCUCUCUAUUGUCUCAUCGGUCGUCUCGAACAUCUCCACUGACCUGGAUCAAUCUUCAUCAUCCACCGUCAAGACAAGUCCACGUCAGGCCUCAACUAAGAUUACCAUCCAUGGUUAUGCACAGCCUUCAACGGCAACGAGCCAAUCAAAAAGUUAUGGACAUGCUCGAACUGGCAGUCGGUCUACACAGAAGGAGACGGUGCUUCUUACGCUCCGACCUGCGUCCCAUAGUGUGGCUUCGGAAUGGUUGGAUGGACUGCUUAUGCUUCUCAGCCAGCAACCGAUUACAGCGGAAACGAACAAACUAAUUGAUUUGGUCAGUAACUAUGGGCUUAAGAUCCGUUUGCUCAAUGUUCGAUUUGACGACGCUACCUUUGCUGGCGAGGCCCCUCCAGUGCCAGCGCGGGAUGGCUUGGAUGAAGAUUACUAUUAUGAUGUGUUUGGAGGCGCCUGA